AUUUAAGUGAAAUAUCGUACACAAACGUCUCUGUAUAUUGAGGGGGGAAUUGACCCAGGUUUUACUCACAGUUCGUCGCCAUUCAUUUGGAACUUGAACAUAAAGUCAAGAUAAGGAUUAUGACAACGAUACGAAAAGUGAAAGUGGCUGUGUAUAGUGGAAGUGUUGAAAACAACGUGGCCGGACUCAUCACUGAAAUAAGAGAGAGAAUGGCAGAUUGUGUCGAAGAGGUUAGAUAUGUUCAGCUACCUUACAACAUUAGUGAUAUGCAGAAGAUGAAACUGGAUAAGAAUUACUUAAUGUUGCUCUGUCAUUCAAUCAACAAUAAAGGAUUUUCAAUCACCAAUGUCUUUCAAGCUCUUUAUGAUGGCUUCCUUUUGAAAUCCAAGAAACUAUUAGGUCGCCGUAGAAUUGGUGUGAUUGCUCAUGACUUUGAUUCUGCCGAGCUCUCUUCGGACAAACUUAACAGUAGGAUGGAUUCCUUCAGAACCAAUCAAGAAAGAACAUUCAGAGCAUCAAUUCUGCAACUAAUCGGCGGACAGCUAUCUCAAUCACCGGUAGAGAUUAAUGAUGACCAAUGGGAGGAACUCAGAAAAUAUGUCAGAAACGAAUUAAAGAAUCCGAAGCCCCGGAAAGAUGGCCGCUGCAUGCAGUAAAUCGUAUUGUAUGAACUAUUAUCACACUGUGUCAGAAGUUGUGAAGUAUAUGCAAAGGAAAUUAUUUUGCAUUAUACGGUUAAAUUAUGAUAUUGAUAAUAACAUUUAGUUUAUAGAAAAGCAUGUUCCUAUAUAGGCUGUGGAAAUUUUAAGCGUUAUUUCUUUGACGCUAAUCUAAUGUGGAAACGUGAUAUGCAGAUUGUAUAACAAGUAAACAUGACGCAAAGAAAAAAAAAGAAAUCACAGGUUAUACAUGCUUCCAAAUUCAUUCCACAGUUUUCAUACAAUGAACACAUCUAUUCAUUCAUAUACCCUACACGUAACUCUUCAAAUUUUCAUUUAAUCAACCCCAGAAUAUGCACAGAGAUCCAUUAUAGACACCACGGUCCCGAUUUAUGGAACUCUCUACCAGAGUCUAUAAAAAGAUGCUCAUCUCUUUACUCAUUUAAGGCAAACGUUAAAUCCAUGCUAAUAUCAGAAAAUUUAACAUGUUUAAAGUAAGUUUUCUGUGUCAGUAUUUCAGUUAAUCAUUAAAGGGGAAUGAAACCUUUGGAAGAAGUAGGCUUGUGUCGAAACAGAAAAAUCAAAGAAUAAGAACAAAGAAAGUUUGAGAAAAAUUGGACAAAUAAUAAGAAAGUUAUGAGAAUUUGAAUAUUGCAAUCACCAAUGCCAAGGAUGUGUGAUGUCACAUGUGAACAACUUUCCCUUUGAUGGACUAUAAAAUACCCUCAAAAGUUCUCUUUUUGCUUUUUCUUAUGGCGAUACAAACUAUUUAUCCAUAAUGUAUUCUUUAAAAAUCUGUAUUACAUGCCCUCCUAUACAUUAUAGAAAGAACACAUGAUCUACUGAUAGAUAUGAUAAAAGAGGCAGUUUAUGUGAAAUAAAUAAUAAAGUAAUGGGGAGAGUUGUUCAAAAGUGACAUCACACACCUUUGUCGCAUUGCCAAUGUGAGGUUCUCCAUUGCAUUAUAGUGAUCGCAAUAUUCAAAUGCUCAUAACUUUCUCAUUAUUUAUCCGAUUUUUCUCAAACAGUGCCCCCUACUUUUUGAAGCACUGAAAAGUGCCCUUUUUACGCAAGAAAAAUGCCCCGCAUGAACGUGUUCUUGUGCCCUUUUCACCUGAGAAGGACCCGUCUUAUGUAUUAGCAAGUGCCAUCUCGUAUCAGUGCCAAAUUUCACAAAAAAAAUCCCCCUCACGAACGUGUUCUGUGUCCCUUUCACCUGAGAAGGACCCGAUUUAUGUCUGAGCAAGUGCUCUCUUGCCUUCUUGUAAGUGCCUUUUCUCGAAUCAGUGCCCUUUUUUUACCCAAGAAAAGUGCCCCUUAAGAAUAUGCCCUCUGCCCCUGAGAAGGAUCCGUUUUAUGCCGUUAGCAGGAACCCUUUUGCCAUCUUAUAGGUGCUCUUUCUCGUAUCAGUCCCCCCUUUUUACCAAAGAAAAAUGCCCCCUCACGAACGUGUUCUGUAUCCCUUUCACCUGAGACGGACCAGUUCUUUUAUAUAGAUGCCCUUUCUUGUAUCAGUGCCCCUUUUUACCUAAGAAAAGUGCCCUCUACGAAUGUAAUCUGUUCCCCUUUCACAUGAGAAGGACAUGUUAUGUGUUAAUGGGUGCAGUGGCGUAACAGGCGGGGGGGGGGGGGGCAAGCUGCCCCCUGGAGGAUUUCACCUGGAAAAUAAAAAAAGGGGAAAAAGGAAAAGGGAGGGAGAAAGAAAGGGAAAGGGGAAGGAAAGGGGAAAAGGAAAGGAGGAAAAGGAAAGGGGAAAAAAGAAGAUUAUUUUUUUUUUUAAUGGAAAAGGAAGGAAAGCGGGAAAAGGAACACAUGCGCUAUACUGCGCCCCUCGUUUUUUUACUCUUCACGCUACUGCCGCAAAGAAUCCUGUUCACAGUGGCGUACAUACAACAAAAAAGGAAUGGAAAUAUAAAAGAGUGAAAUAUAUUAUUUUGUGGAUAUCAUGUCAAAAUCUAUCACAUAAUUGGAUUUUUGUAUUAAAAUUGUCAAAAUUUUUGCUGACUCGCAACUUUUUUUAAAAAGAUAAAUUCUGCCUGAUACGCAAUGUCUGGCCCUCUCAAAAUCAUCGCCUCAUUAAACCAUUACGCCUGUUCAUACCGUGAUGUGACCGGGAAAUUUUUGGCUCUUGCCCCCCCCCCCCCGGCCACUGAUCCCUAGCUGUUACGCCUCUGAAUGAGUGCCCCUUAAUUUCUCUUGUGAAAGAUGCCUGUUUUUCAUUGAAUUCAUUGAAUUGAUAACAUGAUAUGACGUGAAUUGAUGACUAUAUAUCAUUCAUAGGCGGAUCCAGGGAGGCGAGGGGCCCACCCCCCCCCCCUAUUGGCGGAGCAAACAAAAAGGAAAGAAAGAAAAAAAAAGGAAAAAAGGAGGGAAAAGAGAGGAGAAAAAAGAAGAGGGGGAAGACGAGUGAAUAAAAUAAGAUGAGGGGAAGACGUGGAAAAUAAAAAGAAUCUUUCAUGUCACUGUAUAAAAUUUUCGCUCGCGCUUCGCGAUCGCAUUGCCUGUUGGGUGAUUUUCAUAUCUUGUUCAAUAUGGAGUUUAAAUAUCAAGUUUGGAAGUCAAUAUACAAAACAUAUUUCCCCUCAGAAAUCGAACUUUCAUUAUUUUGUGUGAUUUACAAAUUGUUUUUAAAAAGUGCUCUGUAAAAAUGUCAGUUUUAUGGUCUGAAUAUUAACAUUUUCUGCUCGUGCUGCCGCUCUCAUAUUUUGAUUUAUCAGGUACCUAUUAUUUUCGUGUAUUCCAUAAAGUUUUCAAAAUAUCCCUUUUCAGGUCUGAUUGCCAAAAGGUAUGAGCUAGCGCUGAACGCUUGCAUUUUGAUUGGCGAGUUAUGUAUGUUUCAAUAUUGAUUAUACAACAAACUACUUAAAAUCCCCUUUUCAUGACAGUUUAACAAAAAUUUUGGCUCGCGAAAUUUCCAGUUUUCAGGCCAUAUAUUAUCAUCAGAUUUGCGCCCUCGGCAUUAAUGAGUAAGAUAUUAAUUCAAUAAUUAAAUUGAUUGUCCCUUUUGUUAGCAAGAGGAAUAGGAAGAUAGUCAUCAUUUUUAUAUGCAUGUCCUAAAGAUGUCCCGGUCCUAUGUUAAAACUUAAAGUCAUAAUGAUUAAAAAUACCAGCUCUUUAUUAAGUGCGAUCCAUAUCCACCUCACAAUUUUCCUACAAAGUUCUUGAAAUAUAGAGCUGAAAUUGACUUUCUUUUUCAGUUAAGCUCGCGCUUCGCGCUCGCUUUGAUUUUCCUGAUUAAAGAUGUCUAAUUAGAAUGCCUAGAUUCUGGAUCUAAAUAUGAAACACGCGCGCGCAUGUUUAUUCAGAUAGUCAACUUGUUCUCUAUUUAAAUCAUGAUCCAGUUUCAGAUCACAAUAUCAAGAAUUUUCUGCUCGCGCUUUGUGCUCGCAUUAUCAAUGUAGGAAGAUCCCCUAUUACUCAUUCUUUUGGUGAUUUAGAAAAUAAGAAUGGAGUGCCCGUUUUCAUUCCUGAAUCUCGAUUUUUUUCGCUCGCGCUUCGCGCUCGCAUCAAUUGUUUAGUUACAUACCUAACCUGUUCACGAUUGCAAAAAUUGAUAAAAAUUUUACAUUCUUUAUGUAGAAAUGUCAAAAUUUUAAAGCUCGCGCUUCGCGCUCGCAUUAUUUGAUUGUUGAAAUAUGCAACGUCUUCAUGGCUAAGUGCAAACAGUCCUUAACAGGUACAUUUUCGAUCAGUUCAAAACGUAUAUAACAAUUUUCUGCUCGCGCUCUGCGCUCACAUUAUUAAUGUAAGAAAGAUCCCCACUUACUCAUCCUUUUCAUGAUUUACAUAUCUGGAAUAGAGUGUCUCGUUCAGUAGGUCUAAAUCUCGAAAUUUUCCGCUUGCGCUUCGCGCUCGCAUCAGUUGUUAAGUUAUUAUAUACCUUUUCUGUUUAAGUUACAAAAAGUGCUUGGAAUUUCCAUUCCUUAUGUAAAAAUAUUUUAAAAGUAUCAGCUCGCGCUUCGCGCUCGCAUUACUUGAUUUUUAAAAUAUGCAACGUCUUCAUGGCUAACUGCAAGCAGUGUUUAACAGUACCCUUUCCAACAGUUCGUUUCUGCUCGCGCUUCACGUUCGUAGUAAUUGUUCGUUUGCAUACACAUCUUUUGCAGGAUAACAAACAUUGCCCAGAAUGUUCAACAUUUUAGAAAAAAAAUACAUAAGAUUUCCCCAAAAAAUAGCUCGCGCUUCGCGCUCGCAUUAUAUAAUUAAGGAUUAUGUUAUUAUAUAUUUAUGUUUAUUCAUAAGAAUAAAGCAAAGACGUGACUAUUAGUACUACCCCUUCAAAGAAACCAAAAAUCCCGGCAAAAAUCAUCUUCGAGCGGCCGAUCGGGAAAAAUAUGGCUGAAAAAAAAUUCCGGGCCCCCCUAUUGGCGAAGGCUGCAUGGAUCCGCCCCUGUCAUCAGAAUGUAAAAAGGGAGGAAAUUCCUUCAUUUUGGUUUCUAGCAAUACCACGUGAAAUAAUUAGAGAAGCAGUAAAAUUGCUGAUAACUUACUUUAAGCAAUCUUACUCCAGAGAUCAUCAUCAUCAGGGGCCCGUUUCAUAAAGGACUUGCAACUGUUGUAACUUUGCCAUUAUCAUGAUUAUGGCAACUACCAUGGAAACCUUGAUUAUGAUUGGCUGCUGAGCCCUUUUACCAUGGUAGUUGCCAUUGUGGCAAAGUUACGUGUAAGUCCUUAAAGGGCAGGCCCCAGAUGAGACAAAAUGGAUAUGGAAAUGUCAAUUUAAGGUGAGUUAGUAUCUAUUGUGUCUUUACUGGUUGAUACGAAUAAAGAUAUUGCAAAAAUGUAUGGUUUUUUCAUAUGCAUGCAUGAAUAAUGAUAUAUGAAAAGAAGUUUUAUAACUAAACCAAAAUGUAUGAUUUGAUUAAUUGAAUUGUUAUUUACUUAGAGCUAUCAUGUAUUGAAAAUUAGCAUGAGAUAGCACGGGAGAGCAUCUAGGACCCUAGAGCUUCCAGGGCCCUUAAGUGGGCCCUACAACCCGGCCGCAAGGGACUUCGCGCUCGUGAUGUGCGCUUCGCGCAAAUCAAGUUGGAGUCUCCAGUUUGCUUGGAGAUCCAGGCGGGAGAAUCUUCAGAUCAGAAGGUGCUUUGGGUUGGAGUCUCUGUAAUGAUAGCAUCAUGGAGCUAUUUAGAUCCAUGAUAGCAUGUUAUUAUUAUUAUGUUAUGCAGGGCCCGCUGGAAGAACAGAUUACAGCUAAGAGUGUUUACCCUGGAUAAAUACGAGUUAUUAUUAGGUUACUAUUAAUAUUAUCGUCGAUAAGCACUGUUUAUCGGGGCGAUUCUACACUAGAACUUCAAAAAUAUCAUAAAUUUCAAAAUGCUUUCAAUAAGUCAUAAGUAGUGUAAUAUGUUACUAUGAUACCUACAUUUUAUGAAAAUUAUGAGUUUUAACCAAAAGUGAAGUCAGAUAUAGUUUUUUUUGGGGGAAACAAUGGAAUUUUCAAUUUUCAAUAAUUUUGCUAAUUAAAUAGUCAAGUACAAAGACUGCCUGAAACGAUUAUUGGCAAAGCACGAGAAGAUCGAAAAUAUUGCGGGUCAAUGGAAUAAUGCGUCAUUGAUGGUUCCAAAUAAUAUCUACAACAUUUUCAUGAUCCAUAAUAGGGGCAGCCCUGAUUUUUCCGAACCUAUUUUUGGCAAUGUCCCGUACGACACAUGAAAAUGCAAAAGUCUUUCCUACAAUUUUUUUUUUAUGAUGUAAUUUCACAGUAUCAGUUUCUCUAUCUUUGACCCAUGGGUGAUCGAUUUAUUCCACAAGGAUCUAAUUACUGCCCUUCAUUUUUCAAUAAUUGUCCUAUUCAAAGUUGUCCCGUACGACACAGUGUGUGUCGUACGGGACAUGUCCCAUACGACACACAAUAUAUACUGAAUUUAAUUGCAGGAUUUGGAUUCAGAAACUAUAAAUAGUAGGCCCUUUUUAAUUCAAGUAAUUGAUUUGACAUAAAGUGAACUGAAAUAAGUACUUUUUUAUCUCCAUAGAACAUGAAAUAGGUGAUUCUAACCAUUUUAAUUGACUUCAUGUAGGCGUAUUCUUUUGUGAAUCCCUUCAGCUAAACUGGUGAUUUUCACUGGUCAGAGCAAGUUAAUUUCUUUGUCAUUGAGCAUGAAAAGAAAACCUUUAUGAUUGAUUCACCCUCGCCUGGAAAAUGACUUUCUCUUGCAUGCUAAUGUGAAAUUAUUAUAAGAUGCAAAAAAAAAAAACAUUUACAUAUCAAUCAUCUAUUUGGACUUCCCUUGAUGAUCAGUAAUUUUUUUUAUAUACAGUAUUGAAACUCAUUACUUUUUUCAAGUUUUAAAAAAAAAUCUGGAAAAUAAGACAAACCAUAUGGUUUCAUGAAAUGCAAAAAGGUUUGAAAAAGUAGAAUCGCAUUUCUUUAGAAAAAAACAUUUUGUGGAAUUUCAAGUGACGGUUGUUACAGAAACAGUUUCAUUGAUUCAUUGUUUAAAUAGUGUAUUGGAAAUCAUCAAUUAAUUCACUAAAAUAUAACUUCACACAAAACCUCAAGUUUUUCAGCUCGUAAAAAUGAUGUGAACCAUUGUACACUUUCCAUCUUGAAAAAAGUGAUAAUAUAGUGCUCCCGAUUGUAUAUAUUGAGGUUACUUAAAUAUAUUGCCCUGAAUGACUACUUAUUAAAAGGCUUUUCAUUAAAAAGGAAGAAUUUAGGGGCAAUGCUCCCCUUCUGAUUGAUAAAAAGUUCAUUGUUUUGUUCAGGCUGUGAGAACAACACCCAAGUGCCUGUUCAACACACAAGUGUCCCGUACGACACACAAGUGUCCCGUACGACACAUUAUUUUGUUUAUGAUAUAUUGACAGAAAUAUUCAGCCAAAAGCGGUUUCUAACAUAAUGAAUGUCUUUAGUUUGAUAGGAUUAUCAUUGUCAUCAGCCAAAUAAAGUGAUUGAAGAAGUCAAAGAGACAUAAAGUAAGAAAGUUUGGCUUCAAUUUAGAGAUGUAUAGUACGACACAUUUUGAAUGUCCCGUACGCCACAAUGUUCUCGAAAAUUGUAAUUUGCUUUAUUUAUUCAUGAAUGUUUGUUUUGCUUUCUUUCAAAGAUGUGUUUGUUCUUGGGUAAUUGAAUAUCAAUUUGAUUUCAGUUUCUAUGAAUAUUAUCUGUCCAACUCACAGUACAGUACAAACUUGAGGUUUCUAAAAUAGCCACCUUUUCUGCGUCCGUACGACAGAUUACUAUUUUAAAUCUGUAUUAUACAGGAUGUGAAUUCAAGUCAUGUUAAGUCUUGGUUUUCCUAACACUCUGGUAGUACUUGAUGAUCACGUGUAGUUACUGGAAUAUAUUUUGUUUUUCUUGUCAAAAAAACUGUCAAAUGUUCUCUAAAUGUCCCGUACGACACGUAUGGAAUCAAUACUGUUCAUCGAGAGAAACUCUGUUUUAGGAUGAUAAACAGUUUUUCCUGAUAAACUGCAUGUGUUUAUUAAAAUUACUGGGCAAAUCGUGUAUCGCUCUGAGGUGUUUUUAUUUUUUUAACUUUAAUUUUUUUCUAAAUUUUCAAUGAAAAAGGGGCAACGAAAACUGUCACCGAUCGAGCGACACGCGAGAAGCACGCUGUUCAGUUG